UCUGACACGAUUGGUCGUUAUGUGUCGUCGCAUGCGAUACGUGAUUUGAGUGCAAUAAAAGCACCGAAACUGCACUAAACAAAAAGCACUAAACUGAAGGGAUAUUUUACUAGCCGAUCUUUCACUUCACGUGUGUCUGCCAGAGAAGGACGAUGUCGGCGCAUAAGACAUUUAUCAUCAAGCGAAAGCUUGCUAAAAAACUGAAGCAAAACAGGCCUAUUCCACAAUGGGUGAGAAUGCGGACUGGUAAUACUAUCCGGUACAAUGCUAAAAGGCGUCACUGGAGAAGAACUAAAUUGAAGUUGUAAAAACCAUGUGACGAUGGAAACUUACAUUAUAUUAUUAUUAUAACAAUAUGAUGUACAAUUUAAGAAUAAUCAUGGAUAUAUUAAAACCUCAAAAAAAUUAAA